CUACCUUCGUGAAUCUUAUAUCAAGCGCAAUAGUGCAGCUGUUUUUAUUCAUUCGUUUCACGAUUAAGGAACGAGAAACAUCGCGCUUUAUUAUAACAGUGGACAUGUAGGAAUCUGAAAAUUGCAAGGUUACCGGACUUGCUAUGGCGUUCAAUAUACGGAAAGAGAUUGUUGUGAAGCAUACCACGGCACUUUUAUGUGGAUGUUUGUUUCUUACUCUGUUGUCGGUUACGAUAGUAAUAUGUUCGUGGACACACACGAAACAUAUAGAUACACAUAGCCAUAGGAACCUGUUUGCAGAGGCAAACCUUGAGUCUACAGCGUUAUCAAGCAUUUUGCAGGGAGUGAUAAGUCAAACUUAUACGGAGAUAAACAAACACAAUGAAAUAUUUGUGACGGAAUAUCUGAACAAUCACAUUUCAGUAAAAGAGUUCUUCUUAGACAGAUUGACGUACAGGAAACCAUCAGCAAAACUUGUCGGAAGCAAAAGUUGUGUCAGAAAUGUCGAUCAGAAACAAUCUAUGGCGAAGGUCUUAUUUGGUGCAAACAACGAAGGACUUAACCCCAGCCAUGGAUUUCUAACAAACGGUGUCCUGUUUCAAAACGGUCGCCUAAUUGUGCCUCUAACAGGAACAUAUCUGAUUUACUCUUCCAUCCACCAUCGGUUACAGUGCAGCUUAUCCCGAGAACAAGCAAGUGCUAAAGAGGAGCUUUUGGUCAGGCAUGCAAUGUACCGGUUCAAUAUUCGGCUUGGUCAUGAUCAAGAGGUGGCAUCAACCCAUCAAGACCACAUUGACUGCAAUCGUUCAGCAUUUGUUGAUUUUCAAACUGAAAUAUCUACCUUGGUUGAGCUAUGGGCCGGUGAUGAAAUUUCUGUGAAACUGAAUGACUGUUCUUUGCAUAUGCAUUCGGAGUCAAAUUACUUUGGACUGCGUUUGAUUUAACCUUUUGAUUGUUAUAAUAUUUUUUUGCUAUUAUACAAAUCAUCCAUUAAACAUGUUUUUCAUCAUUUCAGUAUAAAACCUGAUUCAGUUUAUAUGAUGUAUUUGUUUCAAUAUUCAUAUAUUAUAUCUGUUCGUGGUUGCAAAUUAAUAAAUACGUUUUAUUAAAAGCAAUAACUUAGCAAUUACUACCUUGAUUCGUAAUAUUCUAUUUUGUAUAUAUAUCACAUUGACCUGUCAUAUUUCAAGGAAUGAUUUGUAUCACAACUUUAUACUUUACAGUCAGUAUGAACAUCGUUAUUAAACAAAACUCGUGAAAUCUAAAAUAAUAAUUAAACUUUGAUUAAUAAUAAAUAUUCUUCAAUGCCAUAUGGCCAUCUAUGACAAGGCAUGUUUACUUUAUACACAUGCACACAUUAUUUGUUUAUUUACCUCUGUGGGAGUCCGUUGUCUGCUAUCAGAAUGAAUAUCUUAAUAAUAUUGAUGAACAAAGAUUAUCAAGUGAGAGUAAGCGACGGAACGCAAGGCAAGUAGUUAUCAAUGUAAGAAUUACGCCCCCUUUGUGUGAAAUAUCACUUGUCUAAAAUUUAGGUUAUAUAGCGUAUCUUAACCCUUCAAUUCUUCCGAAAUUCUUUAAAAACUGUUUUAUUUUGAUACUCAUUGUAAUUACUGUGUUUUAUUUUGCAUUAAAAUAUCUUAAUUGUGGUUUAUUAAUAAACAAUAAAUAAUAUUUUG